AUCGUGCCCGGCAAGCUGACCGCCUGGUGGCCAGACGAGUACAACACAUUCACCUGGUUCAAUCCAGACUUGGGGCCCUCCCGCAAGUAUGCGCGGGUGAUGCUGGGGCGGCACGAGGCGGGCACCCUGGGGCAGCCCCCGCGGGAGAACUACAAGCCUACGGUUCCGCCCCAGAUCAGCCCCCCUAGCUACCAGGGAUACCAGAGCUACGCCAGCCCUGCCAACCCUUACUGGCUUGGUAAGCAAGGCCUGCGGGCAGGCCACGUCCCCGCUGUGUGCUAG